AUGAAUGAAAAUAAUUUUUGCUAUAUUUCUAAAAUAAAAACAUACAUAUAUAUGUGUGGUUGAUAGAGAAACGAGAAUAAGUGAGUAAUGGGGGGAGCAGGUCACCUUUUGAAGAGAAUUCCUCGCAUUAAAUUCCCAGAAAGACACCCAAAAUCCUCAUCUUCAGCUGCACAAACUCAACAAGCAACCAGUGAUGACACUGAUCGGAAAUCCAGUCUAGGGUCGGAUGUUCCGGCGGCACCCCAAGAUACUACUUUGGGAGGCAAAGCUUCUCUUCAGCCAACACGAACCCCUGUCUCAGACAAAGAGAUAGAGGCUAUAAUGUUGGGUGGCUCGUUUUAAUCGUGUCCUUCAGUAUAAGAAUGAGGCAAAAAGAGCAAAUGGAGCAUUGAGUGUUGAAAUUCAGAUUAAAUUUGUAUAAAAUUCAGACCUGUUCUAUAUGCUACAGGACUCCAAGCAUGGUGAAACAGCCUGUUUUGUAGUGACUUUCCUGUGUUUAUGCAUCAAAUGCGAUCUUCUUUUAUUUGAA